AUGAAGGACAUCGUCGACCGCCAAGCGCAAAAUGCGCAACCAGAUCCCGAAAUCGUCAAGGCCGCCGCCGCAGCAGCGGCAGCAAAUAGCCCGCCCGAUGCUAACCAGCUGCCCAUCGAUCCGAAUCAGCUUUUAUCCGUCCUCGGCCUCAUUAGACCUCAACCUCAAGCAACGGGGAACCCAGGAGGAGCCCCUGCCAAUGGCCUACCGCCGAACAACAACGCCAAUGUCCCAACAGUCACCAUCUUCGUAACCGUGACGCCUCCUGCUGCGACACAGACGGUAAUGAUCAUGGUUCCGACUACAGUCACGGUAACCGCAACACUGGCGCCACCGCCGCCGUCUGCACCUCCAGGUAAUGCACCAGUACCGGUGCCUGCGCCGCCUCCGCCUCCAGUCAAUACACCGCCGCCGCCGCCGCCACCGCCGCCGCCUGUGAAUAGCCCACCGCCACCUCUACCUCCUAUGAGCUCUUCAAUAGGACUUCCAAUGCCGAUACCACCGCCGGCUCCGGGUGCGACUCCUCCUCCAACGGGAGCGAAUCCUUUGCCGCCCCCAGCGGCAGCUAUCCCACCCGCAUCAUCAGCGUCAACGUCAGCAGCACCAAAAGGCGCUGGAGGAACUCCCACUGCUGUCGUCUUGCUGGGUGUCUUUGGAGGUGUUGCCGGUGUUUCUUUAUUGGCGAUGGGGUUGUUCAUCUUUGGCUUAAUGAAGCGUAGGAAAGCUAAGGCCAAAUCGGAUACUGCCAGCGUUAGUAGUUUGCAAAUUGGAAGGCCCAUGCCUAACUAA